AUGUUUGGCGGCGGGUACGCCGUUGGCUAUUUGUUUGGCCCGUUCCCGUCGCUGGAAGAUAUCAUGGGCGUCAAAGCUGUUGGUGGUGCUCCUCAGUACAAGGGCGAGCUCUUUGUGACGGACAAGGUGUUCUUCGAUAUCAGCGUGAAUGACGACUACGUCGGCAAGAUUGUGAUGGGCUUGUACGGAGAAGUGCAGCCCCGCACGGUCGAUAACUUUCGUGCGUUGUGUACGGGGGAGAAAGGCGCGUCACGAGCAGGACCGCCGCUGUGGUACAAGGGCUCGAGCUUCCACCGCAUCAUACCAAGCUUCAUGAUCCAGGGUGGAGACUUUACUCAGCACAACGGGCGCGGCGGUGAGUCCAUCUAUGGACGCCGCUUUGACGACGAAGAUCUGAGCGUACCGCAUGGAGGUCCUGGCACUCUGAGUAUGGCAAACGCUGGUCCGAAUUCCAAUGGAAGUCAGUUUUUCAUCUGCACAGGAGAGACGCCAUGGCUUGACGGGAAGCAUGUGGUGUUUGGACGCGUGCUGGAAGGUAUGGACGUCGUGGACAUUAUCUCGAGCUGUGGAAGGCGCUCGGGUAAACCCAAAGCGGUGGUCAAGAUUGUCAACUGCGGUGCGUUGGAUACGGACGUGGCGAAUCAAAGUGGCACCGACGAGGCGAAAGAGCCCAAGCGGUUGACGCGCGAGGAAAUGCAAGACCGUCUCGACUCGCUGCGCGAGGUGGAGAGUAAGUUCGAGGCGCAAAAAGACCAAAGUGACUCCGCGAUGUAUGAGCAACUGAUGGCGGAGAUCAAGCACGAGAAGCUGCGCAUCAAGAAAGCGUUGGAGCAGCAGCCAGAAGAGUAA